AUGCGAUCCCUCGAAAGGUCCUCCACAAACACACCCGGCAAUUGUGCAGACCCGACAGCGACCAAGCCGACUCGUAAACCACGGCCGAGCGAAUACCUGAAGCCACCGCCCUUUCACCGAUCGUCACGUCAAGCGCUCCGCACCAGGGACAACAACCAAAAUGCCACAUCCUUGACCUCCAAGAACAGCAACAAUAAUAGCAAUACCCCCAACACGGCCACUACAAUCACAACAAGUACGACGAGGCUGUCGCGCGCCAUGUCGGACAACAGGCCUCGGCAGCCACAGCUCAGUGCUGCUGCUGCCCGAGCCGCCAAUCGCCCUCCCGUCACCGCGAAAGUAGCCACAACAACACCGAAGCCCUCCUCCAGUGUUGGAGCACAAUACCCGUAUUCACAACAGCCCCAUGCUGCUACCUCGCCUCUUCCAUCCGGGCGAAGAGCACAAGAUGGUCCAGCGCUUGGACUGGCAAACAUCACACCGCGUACAGGAACCAGGCAGGUCCGCGUCGAGAGCGCCAAUUCCACACCGAGCGGAACACCGAACCCAGACAAGGGCUUGGACGGAUGGGAGCACAUUGGGAGUAGGACGCCAUUAAACGGCUCCAUGGUGGACGGAAACAGGGGCCAGGCUCAAACCGACCAAGAUAACAAGUUCUUCUACGCCAGCGAUGCCUCAAGACCUGUCUCUCAGUCGUCCAUUGGUCAAGCUCAACAGCAGCCACCGCCGCCGCCGCAGCAGCAGCGAGCCGCCCCUGUGUUGCAAAAGGCCGCAUCAUUCUUCUAUGCGAAUGGCUCCUCAGCGGAGGCCAAGAGAACAACAACCCACGUCGACCAAAUUCUUCUACGCAAACGGGACGCCCGAUAUGCCCUCGAGGCCAGCGCUGCCAACGUCGGCAUCUGGGUCGACCGUGUCAACGAGCUCGAGGAUGGCGGGGCAAAGGCCCGGCACUGGCAGUUCGGCGCCAGGGCCUGCGCCCACGUCCAUGUCAAGACCCAUGUCGCCGGUCAAGCCGGCCACGGCAUCGCCAUCUGUCGUUUCAUUACAAGGAAGUGCGUUGCCUCCUGGGCCUGCGAUCAGACCUGGUCUGGCAUCGCCUCCGUCAUUGGCUCCAGCGUGCCGACUUCUGACCAGCUCGUCUUGCCGAAAUACCCUGCGCGGGCGCCACAGUCGCCCGAGGCCACGUCCGUUGCUUCGCCGCCCCUGAGUCCGGGCCUUGUGCGCCCAGCAAUGUCAAUGGCUUCGUUACUUCAGGCGGCCGGGGAGCUGGAGAAGGAAGAUGAAGUCUCGGGCAGUGAACACACCCCUCCCGAAGUAUCGAGCCCGACAAAAUCGACUCCCUCUGGUGAUCCUAUCAGUGAGCUCGUGGCCAAUGCUCGAAGGGAGCGUAAAGUGCAAGAUCUCGAGAUUACCAAUGCAUCACUCGAAGCCAUCAACCGGACUCUGGAGCGCCAGCUCCGGAAACAAACAGCCGAAAUCCGUCGAUACAGGCGUCUCUCCCGUGCUGGUCGCUUGUCGGCGCCCUCCAGCCGUGUCGCCUCCGCCGCCCUGACCGAACCCCCGAUCGAAAUGUCCGAUGUGAGUGAGGAGGAGAGCGAUUCGGAGGCGCAAGACUCUUUCCACGAGUCUGACUUGUCGACGGACGAUGAGACUGGCUCGCAGGCGGAGCCCAUGUCUCCCAACGCCAAGAUGGCGGCCAGGCGGAAACGAGAUGAGAUGCGCCUGCAGCUCGACCUCACCAAACACCAGGAGCUCCUCAUUGACAGCCAGAAGAUCAACCAGAGUAUUAAGCGCUGCAUGGAUUGGACAGAGGUUCUCAUUAAAGAGGGACAGAAGGCGCUGGCUUACCAUGUCAGGGUGUCUGAUGUUGAGCUAGGCGGCAAGGUCCUCGCACCACCUGACGAGGAGGAUGAGGACGGCGGCCUGGCCAGGCGAGAGGACACGCCCAAAGCGAAUGGCCUGGAGACGAUUCCGUCCAUCACGUUGGAGCCGGUCGCAGAAAAGCCGUCACCCGCUCGCGACAGUGGGAUAGAGCUGGCGCCGGACGGCGGCUGA